AUGGAAACAGCAGAAGCCACAAGUGUCCAUACGGGCGCAAGUUCGGAUGAUUUGUAUCCAAUUGCCCUGCUGAUGGACGAGCUGAGACACGAUGACGUUGCCAGCAGAGUUCAGGCCAUGAAGAGACUGGACACGAUUGCAAUUGCGCUUGGGCCUGAGCGUACGCGCAAAGAACUGAUUACAUUUUUGGAGGAUGUUAUCCCCGAAGAUGAGGACGAGGUUGUGGCAAUCACCGCUGAGGAGCUCAGUAAGUUUGUUCCGUAUGUCGGGGGACCUGAGUUUGCGCCUCUUUUACUGCCUGUUCUCGAAAGAAUUGCCUCAUGUGAGGAGCCAAUUGUGAGAGAGAAAGCGGUUGAUGCUCUCAAUGAAAUCAGUACCUCAAUGUCUGAAGCGCAGAUCGAAAGUGACUUCAUCCCGCUUAUUCAGAGACUAGCCAAGGAAAGGUGGUUCUCGUUGCACGUAGCUGCCACUGGCUUGUUCAAGAGCAUAAUCAUCAGAGUUUUGCCAGAAUUACGCAAGGAACUGCUUGAUCUUUACUAUGAGCUCAUCCAGGAUGAUUCGCCUAUGGUUAGAAAGGCCGCUGCCACACACCUUCCCGAGAUUACUGACAUACUGACAGAAAACUUUGGCUACCCGGGAAAGAGCGACGACUUUCACUGGGACCUUGUGACUUCUAUGUUCCAGUUUUUGGUUGGCGACUCCCAGGACUCUGUCAAGUUCCUGUCCGUGGAUGUAUUGAUAUCCAUUCUCAAGUUUGAGAGACAAAUACAGGACAAGUCCCAUCUCGAGGAGCUUUUCAGAAGUUUGGUGCUUCUUAUUGAAGAUCCGAGCUGGAGAGUCCGUUACAUGGUUGCUGACAGGUUUGAGCAACUUGCCGCGAAUUUCGAUGAUGAUAAAUACACACUCAACCUUGUUCCAAGAAUCCUAGAUCUGAUGAAGGAUGGAGAGGCCGAGGUUAAGAAGGCCAUCUCGAAACAACUACCCGGAUUUGCAGUCUUGGCAGAUAAGGCAGACUCUUCGGUCGUUUUGGAGCAGAUUGUUCCAUGUGUUGCUAUUCUUAGUAAUGACGAAUCAGAGGUUGUAAGGAGCGCACUGGCAAGCGAGAUCACUGGUCUUGCUCCAAUACUUGGCAAGGAGUCUACUAUCAAACACUUGCUUCCCGUUCUGGUGAGUAUGCUGAAGGAUGAGUUCUCAGAGGUGCGUUUGAACAUCAUAUCCAAUUUGCAAGUUGUGAACGAAGUGAUUGGAAUCCAGUUGCUAUCGGAAUCACUUCUUCCAGCUAUCACCGGAUUGGCCAACGACAAACUGUGGCGCGUGAGAUUGGCUAUCAUCCAGCAGAUCCCACUGCUUGCCGAGCAAUUGGGAGUUGCAUUUUUCGACCAGGCCUUGGGUCAGCUCUGUAUGGAGUGGCUCUGGGAUUCGGUUUAUUCCAUCAGAGAGGCUGCAGUCGCCAACUUGCAGAAACUUACCAAGAUUUUUGGCGAAGAAUGGGCUCGUUCCGAGUUGAUCAGAAGAAUUUUGGAGAAGGAAGGGGAGGACUUCGAUAACUUCACUUGCAGAAUUACAUGUUUGUUUGCGGUGAAGUCGCUUGUGCCUGUUGUCAACAACUCCAUCAUAGCCAAUGAUAUCUUGCCAUUCAUCGAGAAGCUCGAAAGAGACGCAGUUCCCAAUAUCAGAUUCAACGUCGCAAAAGCUCUGUUGGUUGUGUCCAAGUCCCUCCUGGUACCCGGUUCUGACUCCGGUGCUUACGUGGAUAUCGUGAGAUCCAAGAUCGUUCCUUCGCUUGAAGAGUUGAAGAAUGACGAGGAUGUUGAUGUGAGGUACUUUGCAGAACAGAGUUUGACUAGCGUGAAGGCCGAUCUCGAGGGUCUUAGCUGA